AUAGGAGUAUUACAUAUAUGGGUUGAAUGUGUGUAGUUACGCUGUGAAUAUUUUUCGACAAUUGUCGGUGUUUUACACCACUUUCGUUAUUAUUAUCUGUUAAUUUAAACAAAUAUACAACUUCGUUGCUUGGCGUCAGGAACCCAAUUUACGGUUUAAAACCUAUCGUCAAAAAGACGUAGAAUGGCGUAUGGACUAGCUUUAUAGGUCCAUUGAGCCAAAAGAGCACCAAACCCAACCAAACCAAACCUUCACGGUCAAAAAGUGCACCAAAUCAAACCGAUUAUUUCACAAUAAUCAAGCAUUAAAAUGCAAAUAUUGUUAAAUAUUGUGCAGUUAUCAUUUAAUUCGAUUUAUAGAACAAACCUUUUAAGAACAGCUUCUCUAAAAUCAACAAUAAGUUACAGACAUAAGUGGUCAAGUCGCACACCGGUAGCAAUUCUAAAUGAAGAGGUUUUUGAUGGUGAUAAUACAGAGACAACUAUCACUAAACCUAAGAUACAAAAGAGAUUUAAAGUACAAAAUGAAAAAUAUAAGAAACAAGGAGAAGAAAAGAGAAAUAUAAGAAAAGAAAAAUACAUAAAAGAAGAAGAGAGAAGUGGAACUGAAGUUGAUAAAGAUAGUGUCCCAGAACAAACAUAUACAAGUCUUAAGGGAGAUGAAAAAUUUAUAAGUUCUAUAAUGGUAGAUGUCAGGACAAAAAAAAAAAGAGAAAAAAGUAAUCACAUGUUAUUAGAAGGUUUGCGGUUAAUUCAAGAUGCAAUUUUAGCACAUGUAACACCAAAAAUGAUAUUCUUCAGUAGAUUUUCUGAUAUUCAACAAUUGUUAUUUCUACAAAAAGUACAACUGUACAAGGUUCCUUAUCGUACUAUUCAAUUAUGGUCUGUCUUAACAACUUCUCCUGGAAUAAUGGGACUUUUUGAGAUUCCAAAUACAGCAAAUAAAGAACCUUCAAAAGAUGCUAUACCUCUCACUAUUAUUUGUGAUAAUGUUCGAGAACCAGGAAAUUUAGGAACUAUUGUAAGAGCUGCUGCAGCAGUUGGUUGCAAAAAGUUAAUAUUAAUGAAAGGAUGUACAGAUUUGUGGGAUUCUAAAGUUUUACGCAGUGCUAUGGGUGCACAUUUUCGCAUACCAAUAUUAACAUCUAUUUCAUGGAAUGAAAUUCCAACAAUAAUAAGUGAAGAAUCGGCGAUUUUUCUUGCUGAUAGCAGUACUACAUAUGAAAAUAAAUAUAAAGAUGAUAGAAUAUUGGAUGAUCACUCAGACAUGUAUUUUGAUGAAAGCAGUAAAGAAGAUGAAAACAAUGGAAUAAACCAAUUGAUAGAUAAACAUAAAGCAAAGAAUGCAACAGCAAAAAUAAAGUCGUUUGUAAAACAGUUAACAUCUCAACUUCCAGUUGAACCUUAUCAUAUGUUACAAUUUACUCAAAAAGAAGUAAUACUUGUUAUUGGUGGAGAAACAGAAGGUGUGAGUCUUGAAUCAUGUAAAUUGCUUCACUCAAGAAAUUGUAUUCGUGUGAAUGUACCACUGACUAACAAUAUUGAAAGCUUAAAUGUCGGUAUGGCUGUUAGUAUUAUCACAUUUGAAAUAAAAAGGCAGUUUAUAACUCGAAAACUGGAAAAUAAAAGUGAAUAAAAGCAUUUUUAAAAAUA